AUUUUGUUUUAUUCCAGUGAUUUUUUAAUUGUAUAUAACCUUGCUAUAAUCACCCCAGCAUAGAAAUGUAGUUUGGAUUUGAAACCCAUGGAUUAUUUAAGUGUCAUCUCAGGUAGAAAGUAGAGGUUAGAGAAGAAAAACAGGAAUAAGAUUCACAUCCAAAAGAGGCAAGUUGACGAUCCUUUAGAUUUAGAGGAAAAAUAAAUUAUUUACACCUCAGAAGAAAGCUUAAAGCAUAACAAGGUGAAUACAAACAGGCAUCUGUAUUGCAAAUAGCUUGAAUGACUGCAUGGGCAGCGGAAAGCUGGCAGGUAAUAAAAGCUCACCAUGUGGAAAAACGAAGCCCACCUUAUUGGCCUUACUCCACCACUGAUUUCUGGCGAUAUGUAGAGUAUUUCCGAAGCAUUGGAGACUAUGAAAGGAUCCAGCAACUGGCACACACUUUCUUUGCUCAUUUUCCUAUAGGGAAUACUAUGGGCUACGACACUCCUGAGCAACAAGAAGUACAAAAAGAAGUACAAGUCGAGAUUGCAAAGGAAGCACAUGAAUAGGGAAAAAAAGAUACGAUGAGUGGGUACCAUUUGGUUUAACAUGUAAACAAGUAGAAUUACAGUGAACUGCAUUGUUACUGAAUUAUUGUAACAUUAUAAUCUGCUCUCUCUGUCUGUUGCAUCUAAAUAGGGAUUAAUUAUGUGAUUCCUUUUAUAUAGUCCCAUUCCAGAAUUUGCUUGCAUUGUAUUAAAAGCUUCUCUUAAUUUAUGCAUCCUCAUUCUAGUUUGGAAAGAAAUGGUUUGUUUUAGUUUUUGUCACAUUAAAUUGUAAUGUUUUAAUGUAUGUGAUGGGGAGGAGAGAUUGUUGUAAUCGUUGGUCAUUUAUAUGGAUUGUUCAAAUGGGCCUAAUUUCUUUUUAAACAUGCAAUGUCAUAAAUUCAGAGUUUACUGUGCAUAGGCUGAUUUAUGUCUACAUGACUAGAUGAAUUAAAACACAAGUGCCAAUUGAA